AUGCGUCGAAGUUUAGCUCCAAGCCAAGUCAAUAAAAGACCUUUGAGUGAUUCAAAUCAAUCUAAAAGAGCUUGUGUGAAAUAUAAUGACCAAUCACAAAAAACUGAACAAAAUUCAAAAUUAGAUGACAAAUCUUUAACACUUUCUUUAUAUGAACAAAAUAUAAGAAAUAUAUUAUCAAAGCCGUUUAAAGUACCAAUAGCAAAUUGGAGUGGUAGCAGUUUCAGUAGAGCAUUAGGUGUUCGCCGUGAUGGUUUACGUCGACCUUUACAUGACCCUACUGCUCCUGAUGCUCUUAUUUUAUAUAUUCCUCCACAAAUUAGUGCCCAUGACAUUUUAAAAAUGGAUAAAGAUAAAAUAUUAGUUAAUGUUGUUGUUGAUCCGGCGUUAUCAAAAAUACUUAGGCCCCAUCAAAGAGAAGGUGUUAAGUUUAUGUAUGAGUGUGUUACUGGAGUACGUAUAGAAGGUGCAUAUGGAUGCAUCAUGGCAGAUGAAAUGGGAUUAGGAAAGACUUUGCAAUGCAUAACUCUAAUGUGGACUCUUUUGAAACAAGGACCAGAUGCUUCACCAACUAUUCACAAAGCUAUUAUAGUUACACCUAGUUCUUUAGUAAAGAAUUGGUGUAAUGAAAUAAAAAAAUGGCUUGGUGGUAGAAUUGGAGCUUUACCUGUUGAUGGAGGAGGCAAAGAACAAGUGGACAAAGUAAUUACUGGGUUUGUUCAAGCUAGAGGACGUAGAACUGUUGAUCCAAUUUUAGUUAUAUCAUAUGAAACUUUUCGUAGCCAUGCAAGUUUGUUACAAAAUGCAGAAGAUAUAGGUCUUGUGUUAUGUGACGAGGGACAUAGAUUAAAAAAUUGUGAAAAUCAAACUUACCGUUCAUUAAUGGCUUUAAAAGCAAAACGAAGAGUUCUGUUGUCAGGCACACCAAUCCAAAAUGAUCUACUUGAAUAUUUUAGUCUUGUUCAUUUUGUUAAUGAAGGCAUCUUAGGGACUGCACAAGAAUUUCGUCGCCAAUAUGAAACACCUAUUGUACGAGGUCAAGAUUCCUGUGCUACUGAUUCUGAACGAAAAAAAGCAGCAGAGCGUUUAGAACAAUUAAUUUCAUUAGUAAAUAGAUGUCUUAUUAGACGAACCUCAGCAUUACUUUCCAAAUACUUACCAGUUAAAACUGAACAUGUUGUUUGCAUAAAAUUGACACCACUACAAACUGAUUUAUACCUCCAUCUCCUUAAAUCUGAUAUGGUUACAAAAUCAAUUAAAGGUAACGAUGGGAAAGUUACUAGCAAUGCAUUAGCUGCUAUUACAUUGCUCAAGAAGUUAUGUGCUCAUCCAGAUCUUAUAGUAGAUAAAAUAAUGAAUGGAAGUGAUGGAUUUGAAAAUUCAAAACAAUUACUACCUCCAACGUACAUCGCAGCUCAUUCCAAAAAAAAACUCAUGAUUGAAUUAUCAUCUAAAUUAAUGGUCCUUGACACAAUGUUAGCUGUUAUAAAAACUACCACCACUGAUCGUGUAGUAUUGAUUUCUAAUUAUACUCAAACAUUAGAAUUAUUUGAAAGACUUGCUAAAUUAAGAAACUAUACAUUUGUUAGAUUAGAUGGAUCCAUGACUGCUAAGAAAAGAGCAAAAGCUGUAGAUGAUAUUAACAGCCCUACUAGUGGUGUAUUUUUGUUUAUGUUGAGUUCAAAAGCUGGAGGUUGUGGAUUAAAUUUAAUUGGAGCUAAUAGGUUAGUAAUGUUUGAUCCCGAUUGGAAUCCUGCUAAUGAUGAUCAAGCAAUGGCUAGAGUAUGGAGAGAUGGCCAAAAAAAACCUUGUUUUGUUUAUCGAUUUUUAGCUACUGGAAGUAUUGAAGAAAAAAUGAUGCAAAGACAGGCACACAAAAAAGCAUUAAGUUCUAGUGUAGUUGACUGUGAAGAAGAUGUUGCAAGACAUUUUACAGUUUCAGAAUUACGUACAUUAUUUAAUCUACGGCAAGACACUAUUAGUGAUACACAUGAAAAAAUAAAAUGCACCCGUUGCAUUAAUAAUAUCCAAACAAAACUACCUCCAGUGGAUAGUGACUGUACAAAUGAUCUUUCUUGUUGGCAUCAUUGUGCAGACAAACGAUGGCUUGUCGAUCCAGUACUAAAACAAUGUUGGCACGCUGGCAUCAGUAUGGUGUUUUAUCAAAAUUCUACAAUUCAUAAAGAGAAACCAAUUAUUGAAGAGGACAAUGAUAACAUUGACAAAAAAGAAGAAGAAAAUAAUAUAAUACACUAA